UUAAGAUGAUUACUACUGUUACUCGUACAUAUUGUAAUCUCAUAUAUCGUUGCUUGACUACCUAGUACCUUUUUCUAACCAUAUCAUAAAAAUAUCUCUUUUGUAAUUCCAUUUACUUUUCUUCCUUCUUCCUUCAUCUUCAUCUUUCAUCUCUCCUUUCACUACGGUACUCCCACCCCCUCACUCCUUCAACAACUUUUGUGCAUUAACUCCGACAAUUCCAAUCAUCGCUCUCCCCCAUCAAUCUACCACCGACAACUGCACAUUGGCACGACGCCACACUUGCUGAAGAUAUCCGAAUUUCCCAUCUACGACCAAAUUCAUCAAUGUAAGGCAUUGAUUGCACUCGACAUAUUUCGCCCACUGAACCUGAUAUUUUCAGCCUAACGAUAAAACCCUUCCUCUUUCUCAUAGUUCCGACCUUCCCACGUCCCUUCCACCAUGUCGACAUUAGGGAUUCUCUCCGCAUCCGACGACGAUCCUGUCCCAGACGUCAUGAAUGAUCCUCAAUAUGCGACCAAUACUACAAAUGGGAAGGAUGAUAAUGGUGAUCCAGAUACUUGCAGGAUAUGUAGGGCCGAGGCAACGGAAAGAGAACCUCUGUUCUACCCUUGCAAAUGUAGUGGGAGUAUCAAGUUCGUUCACCAGGAUUGUUUGAUGGAAUGGCUAUCGCAUUCGCAGAAGAAACACUGUGAACUUUGCAAGACACCUUUUCGAUUCACCAAGCUAUACUCGCCCAAUAUGCCACAGUCAUUACCUACUCGCGUUUUCCUAAAGCAUUUCACCUUCCACAUCAUCAAGAACAUGGCUACAUAUUUAAGGUUUCUCCUGGUGAUUUUUGUUUGGCUUGUAGCCCUCCCAUUCUUCAUUCGACAAGUAUGGCGAUUUUUAUUCUGGUUUAGCGAUGGAGGGACACCAGCUCGGAGCUCGGCAAUCAUCCUCAGGCGGAAUGAAACGGCUUCACAAGCCUUGGAAAUUGCUCGCGAGGUUGUGAAUUCUGCCUGGGAUGAGGGGGUGACUCCGGUAACGCCUCUCAAUGCUAGUUACACUUCACCCGCUGUAAUCGGAGGAGUCAUGGAAAAGCUGAUGGCUAUCAUCACUCCCAUUUCUCAAACACUGAAUAUUAGUGGUUCGGACCCUCUCACAGCUGGUUUCUUCAAGUCUCUUUAUUACGGCUUUGGAAUGACCAGUGCCGUCCCUCUGGAUGCCUCAAUCAAUGGUACAGGCAUAUUCUCAACGACUUCCCUAUCUGGGGUUCAGGGUAAUUCGCUCCUAAGUAACGUCUCUUUCUUGGCGAAUAUGACCAGGUCCCCAUGGUUGAAUCAAGCCAUUGUCGACAUGACCGAGGGUUAUAUCAUAACUAUAGUGAUCGUGGUUACUUUUAUUCUUGUCUUUUUGAUACGCGAAUGGGUAGUUCAACAGCAACCUGUAAUCAAUAUGGGUGCAGCGUUUAAUGCGGAUAUGGCUGCCGGUGGUGCACCUCCUCGUGAAGAUUUACCGGUUGACGUCCAUGACCUGCAAGAGCAAAUGGAGGAGCGCAUCCGAAUUCAAAGAGAGCGUCUCGAUCAAGUUCGUGAUAGAGCGAUCGCUCAUGCUCGAAGAGGCCGGAACAACAAUGGCGAGCCUGAUGUUCAACCGGCUGUACCAGCAGAGAUGCGCAACCCCAAUGGUCCUCUACCUUUACCUAACUUUGAUAUUGAACCUGUUUCAGCAGCUGGAACCGGCGAACUAAGAAUGCCACCUUGGACCCUCAAUAAGCAGCUAGAUCCUUCUGACCCAGAAGUUCAGCUCACUGAUCAAUUCUCAGCCAUAUGGCGCCAAGCGGGAGGAGACCCUAAAGAGGUCUUGGAAAUAAUAGAUCAAGAAGGGCUAGGGGACCGAAUGCAGUACUGGGUCGAUGCUAUGAAUCUACGGUUGCAAGAUGGAGAUUCUCAGGUGGCUAACCAUCUCGACACAGCCAAAUCACCUAGUAGUAGCAGGGCCCCACUGGUAUCAGAUCCACAUCGAACUGCCAACAUGAGCAAUGUAGGCAAGUCAGGGAAGAUGGUUGAGGUGGACAAGGGAGGUGCCGGCUUGAGUAUUUGGGAGGAAGCGCCACAGUAUCCUCAGAAAAAAAUCAAUAAUUUGACGUCAAAUGGAGAAUCUAGCCGGAGCUCUGUAUGGAUUUCAGCAGACGACGAGAAUAAUAAUGAAUUGUUUAUGAAAUCGGGGCAUUGGGGGAGGGAAAAGGAUUCUCACCCGAAUAUUGCAGAUGAAAAUGCGACCAAGUAUCCAAUGAUUUCGGGUGGGCGAACUCCUGCAUUCCCCAACCGAGAGCCGUAUCCACUCCCACUAUCUCAAAAUAGGCCAAGGGCUAUCUCAGAUGUUCCUCAUUGCCGCGACAAGUCACCAUUAGGUCGGAAUAAUUGGGCCUUUUCUGACCUUCCUGGUGAAGACUUUUCUGACCAAAAUCUUCAUCUGUUUCAGAGUAAAAGCCCCAACGAAGGUGACAUGAUUUCCAUGGCCCGAAAGGCAGUAGACAGUUUAGACUUGCACGAAGGAGUGACCUCAGAUGUUGGUCCGAGCGACGCGCAAUCAUCCCCUCCCACUCGGGAUGAUCAGACCCACGAUCUGGAUUAUGAUGGUCCAUUGGAGAUAGUUGGCCAAGAUGGUGUAAGUCGAACCGCUGGGAAUUGGGAAGAAGUUUUCGAAAACAACCCCAUCUCAGAUGAUGAAGAAGACAAUUUUGAUGAAACGGAAGAAAAUCCUUUUGCUCCGGACACCCCUCUACCACCACCCCAGCGAGAAGCCAUUAUUCCACAUCGACCAGCGGAACCGGAAGGUAUUGUUGGGAACAUUGCAAAUUGGCUCUGGGGCAGGCCUGGGGCUGCUUUACGAGAAGAUGAUAUGGGUGCGAACGAUGAACAUGUAAUUGAAGACAUUGCUGCCGAGGCCCCAUUUGUACCAGUGGCACAAGCCCGUCGCGAUGGCUUUGACCGCAGAGGUGCUGAAAAUGAAGAGAUUAAUGGAGCACACGAAGCUGCCGUUGUGGAAGCCGUCGAUCCUGAAGGAGAUAUAGAAGAUGGUGAGGAUUUUGAUGGUAUAAUGGAACUCGUCGGUAUGCGGGGUCCACUGUUCGGUCUCGUUCAGAACGCCAUUUUUAGUGCUUUUCUUCUGGGCAUCACAAUAGGGAUUGUUGUUUGGAUUCCAUACAACAUUGGCCGGAUUUCCAUUCUCCUUUUGGCAAACCCUGGUCCAGCAUUUAAGCUUCCUCUUCGAUUCAUCUUUGGGGCCGCGGCUUUUGUUCAAGACACUGCAUUGGUCAUCUUGGGGCUCUUAUCGUACUGCUUCAUUGCUAUCGCUCAAAUACCAUUACGUCUACUUGCUCUCUCCAGCUUACAGGGAGGACAGGAUGCUCUUAGACUAGCUCAAGCCGCUUUCGAACGAGUCGUGAAUGGCACCGUCGAUAGUAUCAUCCACAUUGCGGAUUCUGAGAUAUUCACGUUCUCAGCUGCGUCGCAUGAAGCUCUGAUGGUGAUUAAGUCUAACUUCUUGGGUACACUUGCGACUAUCGGGAGCGGAUUUAUGUUUUUGUUAUCAGGAAGUUAUCAAGUCACCGUCGCACAUAUCGAAAAUCUGGUAACUUCUCUGUUUGAAGCCGUUGUAUCCUUUGUCUUCGGAAUACCCGCAUUCUUAGCACGGCCCGAUUCUUGGGUUAUCAGUCUAGAAGUCCCCAAGCGAUUAGCACCAUUGGAUCCGGCGUUAAGUGUGUGGGAUGGCAUGGAUCGUAUGUUGGCUACGCUGGCAGGUUUCACGACUCUUACUGUAUUGGGCGGUCUCUACGUCAGGAGAGGUACACCAUUCUCAACAGAGCAGGGCAAUGUACGAGAUGUGGAAAAUGGAGUGAUUGAUAUGCUCAACCAGGCAGGUGGAGUCAUGAAAGUGAUCUUCAUCAUCAGUAUCGAAAUGCUUGUCUUCCCUUUGUAUUGCGGUCUCCUACUCGAUGCAGCUCUAUUGCCAUUAUUCGAAGGUGCUAGUAUUAUCUCCCGUCUCAAUUUCACUAGUCGGUCACCUCUUACUUCCAUAUUCGUACAUUGGUUCGUUGGGACGUGUUAUAUGUUUCAUUUUGCAUUGUUUGUAUCCAUGUGUAGGAAGAUAAUGCGCAAGGGAGUUUUACGUAAGAUAUUGAUAAUUCUUUAUGUCAAAAGAGCCAUUGCUAACGUUGUUAGAUUUUAUUCGUGACCCUGAUGAUCCGACAUUUCAUCCGGUUCGUGAUGUGUUGGAACGAAACGUGACAACCCAACUACGAAAGAUUUUGUUUAGCGCUUUAGUUUACGGUGCUCUAGUCGUUAUUUGUUUAGGUGGGGUAGUUUGGGGACUUGCAUUUGCAUUCAAGGGCGUUCUUCCGAUCCACUGGUCCUCAAAUGAACCGGUGCUAGAGUUUCCAGUUGAUCUUCUCUUUUACAAUUUCUUGAUGCCUUUGGCAGUCAGGUUCCUGAAACCUUCUGAUGCUUUACAUUCGAUGUAUAGCUGGUGGUUCCGUCGCUGUGCUCGAUGGUUGAGGUUGACCUGGUUCAUGUUUGAUGAAAGACAGCCAGAUGAGGAGGGUCAAAUUGUCCGCCGAUCGUGGAGGGAGUAUUUCGUAGCCACAACGUCCCAAUCCUUGGAGAACACUAGCAACGAGGACAUUCAACUCAUACACGAUGGACGAUAUGUAAGAGCUCCGGCAUCAGAUCAAGUCAAGCUACCGAAAGGUACAAGGACGUUCCUCGAGGUAGACCGUAACAACAACCGCUUGGAUGGCGUCAAGGACAGCUUUGAUGGUGUUCAUGGACGGAACCCUGAGAAUUACAAGUUGGUUUACGUACCACCAUGGUUCCGCCUGAGAAUUUCAACAUUCAUCCUUUCCAUCUGGCUCUUCGCUGCUGCAACAGGAGUCUGCAUCACUAUCGUGCCGUUAGUAUUUGGGAGAUAUAUCUUCGCAAAAGUGAUCCCAGCGGAUGUUCGUAAGAAUGACGUGUAUGCUUUCUCCAUUGGAAUAUACAUACUAGGAAGCGCACUCUAUACUCUCUUACACCUUCGAACCGGUUUGGCAACGCUUCGUAAUUCGCUCUAUAUUAAUGGAGACACGCCAAGCAUAAUAUUCACCCGCCUAGCGAAGGUUACUGUUCGUGUAGCCCGUAUCGUAUGGACUUACACAGCUUUCGUCCUUGUGCUUCCUACCCUAUUUGCUCUACUCGUGGAAUUUUAUUUUAUCAUUCCCAUGCAUACUUACUUCUCGCCGGACGAGAGGCACGUGGUCCACUUUGUACAAAGUUGGACACUGGGCCUCUUAUAUGUUAAACUGACGACGAGAAUCAUUCUAUGGCACGAGGGCAGUCGAGCAGCGGAAGCACUACGUGCUGUUACUAGAAAUGGUUACUGGAAUCCGGAUGCAAGGCUGGCUACGAGAUCUUUCAUCUUCCCAGCCACUCUUUUGCUCUCCAUAGCCCUUGGUGUUCCCUAUAUCCUCGCUCAAUUCGCAAGCAAAACAUUCUUGAGGGAUGGUACUGAAUUAGAGUUAAUUCAUGUGCAUAGAUACGCUUAUCCGAUGGUUCUGGCCAUGCUGGGAGCAGUUUGGGCUAUGUGGAAAUUGGCGGAGAUGGUGAGAGGGUGGAAACAGAAGAUUAAGGACGAGGUUUAUUUAAUCGGGGAGAGGUUACACAAUUUUGGGGAUAAUAGAAAGGUAGUUGGAACUGCCACUGGCUUGGGAGGUAUGGGCGUAAGGAGGAUUGAUACAUGAAGACGCGGGUACCUUGGCUAGUUGAAGCACAGAUGAUCAUGAUUGUGGUACGAAUAGGAAUUAAUUCGGACUCCCUUCGGUCUUUGAUGACACCUGGGAGUAGGAGAUCGGCAGGGUAUGUAUUCUAAAAUGUGUAAAUAUCUAAGCGGGGACCCAUGGAGUUAGGGAGGAUACCUCGGAGCGUAGGACUAUUUAUGUUAAAGAUUUUAUGACUCUUUCCAA